UCCCCAUCCAGCAGCUCCCCCGAUUUUACAAGUCACUGGCAACUAGCUCAAGUAGUUUCUGAGAUUUCUGAAACCACUCCAGCACUCUUGCUUCUGAAACUUCAACCCAUGGAGGGUGUCAUCCCGUUCAUCUUCAAGGUCAUCGCGCAGUACAAGGAAGAAGGGCAGGCCUCCUUCGGCGGCUUGCUAUCGGAUUCUGACGAGCCCUCGCCGGUGUCGUCGUACGUGCUCCUGCCGGGUGAUUCUGACGGCCGCCACCGCGACGAGAUCAGGGAUCAGCAGCUCUGUCCGACGUCCGUGCACGCCGAGGUCGUCACCACCUGCACCGCGCGGGCGUCUCCAAUCCGAUGCCCGACGCUGCGGCGGCGAGCGUGAAAUUUGGAGGUCAAAGUGGCAGGAUUGGUGACACUGAACCUAAGGUUCCUUGCAAGAUGAACAAGUAUGGUACGAUCAUGUGCAAACAGCGAGCAAUAGCAUGAACUGGAAAAGAACAGACUGGUUUUCAGGUUCUGUAUGCUUUUUACUAGCUUUCAUACCUUUUUUUUCCUCUGACGCUGGAGCUUGCUAAUGAGGCAAAAUAAGUCUCAAGGAGGUUUUGCAAGUUAAGCAUCAAGUGUUCUGUAGUGUGAAAAAUAAACAGGUAACAAGUAGCCUGUAUGUGCGCAACAGGACAAGAAUAACGGUGCAUGUUGUACAGGAUGGUUAAUUAUGUCAUUUUGUGUUUUUUGGGAA